AUGGUCGCUGUUUUAUCGUAUUUGCCCACCGAACUUGUCGAAAGGAUUUUUGAGUUCACUGUGGCGGAAACAAACUCCCAAGACUGGCUGCACAAUCUGGUGACCUUGAUUGACUUUGCUGUCUCCUCGAAGGGUGGAGGCGCUAUAAUAGAAAAAUUUCUGACGAAUUACGUCAGGAAGAAUCUGGUGGUUUUGGAUCUCACUUGCGAGACUACACGAAACUCAAUUUUGCAGUUGAAGUAUCGGUUCCUUAGAAGACUGUUACUGUACAUUGACAUGGACACACAGUACAUAAGGCCUGCUGAUUUGGAUGCCAAAGUUAGCGAGACUCAAAAUUCAGAGAUUGAGAAACUCAUAGUUGUAUUUGAUGAAUCUUCCGAUCUGACAUGUAUCGACACAUUUUUUCCGUUGGCCAGCUCUACUUUGAAAAUAAUCGAGUUCGUAUUCUGUGUCCAUGAUUCAAACAGCUCCUUUUAUCCGCCCUUGGAAAGAUUGCAUGCUGCGAAUAUCGUGUCGGAAGUUGAUAUCAACACAUUAUACUUGGAUUUUCUGGAUUCGAAUAUCUAUUCAGGCCAGAAUUUCUUUGGAAUUCUUGAUCCUAACGUUUUCCAACUGAUAAAUAAGGAUUACCGAAAUUUCUUUUCCAAGACUAACCAAGAGGGGAACAGAAGACCCCCUAUUUGUAAGAAGGUUUGUUUCCCGUUCGUGGAGAAGUUGAAUUUGGAUUACAUGGCCCUCGAUUCAUUCUUUAAUUCGAUACUGCGUAAGCUAACUACGAGGAUAAGAAAAUUCGAAAGAAACAACGGGUUUGACGUGAAUAAAAAUUUGAAUUUGAAUUCUACAACGACAGUGCCAACUCUAAUUAUCAAGUCGAUCUUGCAACAUUUUUUCAACAAUUUCCGCAUCAAUUUCCCCAAUUUGAUUACUUUGAAUUUUAUCAAGACAUCCACUUACCCAAACAGUAGUAAGGUAACCCAGUGUUGCAACUUUAUAGAUUUAUCAUCAUACGUGCUGAACAAGUGCUUAAGCGAAAAUAUCUCGAUAAAUUUUCUUUUCCAACUGCAUUCUUUGAAAAAUUGGAAAGUACCCAAGAUUAAAGAAUUCACUGGACACAAGUUCAAGUAUGACGAAACAACGUUAUCAGGUUCACCGGAAAGAUAUAUUAAAUCAUUGAGGGGGAACAUCAAAAUUUUGCAAGAAAUGGCAAUCAACGAAACCAAUGAUGGUGCUUGCUACUUUAGAGUGAAGUUGAUACCUGAAGGGGUGGAAAAAACUCAAAUAAUCAAUUGGAUCCCUUACACUUCUUCAUUCAACGACGACACCGCCCGACAAGGCCAUCAUCUGAAAAGGCCAAUGAUUUGCUUGAAAAAUAAUUCGUUAAAAUCGCUUACCAUCAAGACCAUACGUAUCGAAAAAUGUUCCCCCAUUCGAAUCCAGGGAUUUUAUUUGCCGAAUCUAAAGGAAUUGUUCAUAAACAAUUCCAUUUGCGAAACCACUCAAGAGCAAAAACAGGCCAUAAAUGAUAUGAGCUGCAUAGAGUUCACAUCAUGGAACGAAUUACCACAAUGCGAGAAACUAACUUUUGCCCAAAUGGAGAAUGACUCAAAUUACGUCCUUAACAUCGGUAACCUUCGGGACCACCUACCAAAUUUAAGCUUCCGGGAGAGUUUCCCCACUUUCUUCGAUGAAAGACAGAAGUUUGUCGUAGUGUGA